UCAUUCACUCACACUUGGGAAUCCGUGUAGUUACAGGCCUGACUUAUAAAUACUGUAAUUAAUGAAGUCUUGAAUGAUCUGGGUGUGUGUAUGUCGGAUGUUGCUGCAGGCCAGCAGGACGACUAGCAGAUGUCAGAGCGCAUCGAUAAGUUCCCAGCGUGUUGUUGCAGCGUCAUUCUGUUUGAAUGAAGUUCAGUCCGAGAACUAGCAACUCUUCAUUCGCGCCCCAGUGGACCGAAACAGGAAAAAUAGCGAGCUGAGGAUAUUAAAGGUUUCUAAAUAUGCCGGUGUUUACAGUAAAUGUGAAAUGGGGCAAAGAGAAGUUUGAUGCAGUAGAGCUCAACACUGAGGAACCACCCAUGGUGUUCAAGGCGCAGCUCUUUGCCCUGACAGGAGUUCAGCCAGACAGACAGAAGGUCAUGGUGAAGGGAGGCACUCUCAAGGAUGACGAGUGGGGAAAUAUUAAGCUGAAAAAUGGAAUGACUCUGCUGAUGAUGGGCUCAGCAGAUGCCCUACCCGAGGAGCCUGCAGUCCGACCCAUGUUUGUAGAGGACAUGACUGAGGAGCAGCUGGCCUCAGCGAUGGAGCUGCCUUGUGGACUGACGAACCUGGGCAACACCUGCUACAUGAAUGCCACAGUGCAGUGUCUACGCUCUGUGCCAGAGCUCAAAACUGCACUCAAGAGGUAUUCAGGUGCUCUGCGAUCUUCAGGGGCAAAUGCACCAUCUCAGUACAUCACAGCAGCCCUUCGUGAUUUAUAUGAGACUAUGGAUAAAACCUCGUCCAGCCUCCCUCCCAUUAUUUUGCUGCAGUUCCUCCAUAUGGCCUUUCCACAGUUUGCUGAGAAGGGGGAUCAGGGGCAGUACCUUCAGCAGGAUGCCAAUGAAUGUUGGCUGCAGAUGAUGAGAGUGCUUCAGCAAAAGCUGGAGCCACUAGAACGAGAGACUGCCAUGGAGACUGAAUCUGAGGGUGGAGCUGCCUCUGCCUCUGCAAAGAAGAACUUCAUCGACCAGUAUUUUGGUGUAGAAUUUGAAACUAGCAUGAAAUGCACAGAGUCCGAGGAGGAGGAACCAAUCAAGGGCAAGGAAAGUCAGCUCCAGCUCAGUUGCUUCAUCAACCAAGAAGUGAAAUACCUGGCAACAGGACUAAGGCUGAGACUGCAAGAAGAAAUCACAAAAAUGUCUCCGACCCUGAACAGAAAUGCGCUGUAUAUAAAAUCCUCAAAACUUAGCCGCCUGCCUGCUUACUUGACUGUUCAGAUGGUCAGGUUUUUCUACAAAGAGAAGGAGUCUGUCAAUGCAAAAGUUCUAAAGGAUGUCAAGUUCCCGCUUAUGUUGGAUGUUUAUGAGCUGUGCACUGCGGAGCUGCAGGAAAAGAUGUUACCAAUCAGGUCAAAGUUUAAGGAGGUCGAGGACAAGAAGCUAGAGAAACAGCAGCAAAAGUUGAUGAAGAAGCCAGAAGCAGCAAAAGAAGUGAAAUAUGAGCCUUUCUCGUUCCCAGAGGACCUUGGUUCCAACAACAGUGGCUACUACGACCUGCAGGCUGUGCUGACGCACCAAGGCCGCUCAAGCUCCUCAGGUCACUAUGUGGGAUGGGUGAAAAGGAAAGAAGAUGAGUGGGUCAAGUUUGACGAUGACAAGGUGAGUGUGGUGUCUCCAGAGGAUAUCCUGCGACUGUCAGGUGGUGGAGACUGGCAUAUAGCGUAUGUUCUACUGUACGGCCCCCGGCGGCUGGACAUACUUGAAGAGGAACAAUAGCUGUGGCAGACUUCUUAGAAGACAAAGACAACAUCCAAUAUACACACAAAUUGCCAUUUCAAAGCACUGUCUGCAUAGAUGUGCAAUAAAACUGGUGUCUUUAAAGAUUUGAAUACCUUAAUUUUUAUUUUUUUUGUGUUUUCUUUUGUAACCAAUACAGAUGCUUGUAAAACAAAUUCUGUCAAAUGGUGUUAAAUAUUCAACCACAGUGGGCUUUGAAAAUGGAGAGAUGAUGAGAGGCAAUCUCUGGACUGGAUCCUUAAGAGGUUUUUGAGUCUAGCGCUGCAGUUUCAUUAAAUGUUUUAUACACAUUGUAUAUUUUUUAAAGCCUUUGAUAAGGUGCUCAUAUCAUUAAAGCAAAAUGUUUCUCUCUAGUCAUUUAAUCUUGUACAGAAAUGCCUAGCCAAGCUGUUCUCGACAUUCUGGCUUGUAUCGUCUCUGACGUAUUACAAAACACUGUAAAGACUUGCCCUUGUUCACCUGUUGGCCCCCUCGGGGUAAUUUGGGUUCAAUCUCAGGUCUUUUAAGUGCUUGGCUCACAUCAUCUCCUGUAAUUGUUCUCAAAUGUAUUGACAGAUGAGGUUCUUUCUGCCAAAUCUUCACUAAUGCUCUUUUCAGGGAAGUGUGUGGGGAAACGGUUCAGAACAUGUUGCCCUUGUGGUGAACUGUGUGCGGUUUAAUAAAGGCUUGAGCUUCAACCGUGAUGGUUUGCUCAAUAAGCUUUUGAACAUCGUUCUUGCUGAUGCGGAUCUCAGACUUUAAUCUGUACCUUUACAAAAAAAAAAAAAAAUGCUGUGCUUCACCUUGUUUCUCCGUGCAGGUUUCCUGAUCACCCUGCCACAGUCUGUAAGGCCUGAACGUCAACUCUCUGUAAUAACUUAUUGACUGAACUCCUUUCAUAGGUGGUGAAAAUAAAGUGUUACACCAAAA